ACUUGAUCGAGACAAGACCCAAUUGUUCAUCAAUUUUCUAUCUAAAUUUAGUACCAAAGUGUUGGUGAAUUCAAACUGCGUCUAUUCGUUCCUGCAAGGCUGCAACAAUGGCGGAACCAUCGUCAACCGAAACCCCGAAAUCUCCAGAUACCGAACCAAUCUCUCUCUUCCCCAUCACCCCUUCAACAGAACCUAAAGCACUCUUCCCCAUUUCCACCACCACCAUCACAUCUACAACAACUUCUCAAUGGCUGUGCAGUUCGAGUUUCACUGCUGACCUAUCCGUCAUCAACCAAGCUGUUUCAUCUCUCCAUUCGUUCAAUUUUAUCCCACACGAUGACGAUGAUGAUAUACAAGUUCAAGAAUCAAAGAAACCAUCUUCUACUUCGUACGAGUUUCUGGAAUCUUCAGAAUCUGAUAAGGAUUACUCGGACAAGAAGAAGAAGAGCAGGAGUAAGUCAAAGAAGAAACGAAAGCGAGAUAAAGAUUUUGAAAGUGAGGCGUUUGCAUAUGGUGCUAGAAAAUCUGUGGUUCGAGCUUGGGCUGGUUCUGAGACGAAACCUUCCAAGGACUAUUACUUUGAUUCUCGUGGUGAUCUUGAUAAUUUGGCAUUCGGUUGCUUGUAUAGGAUGGAUAUUGGUAGAUAUAAACUUCAUGAUGCGGCAAAAAUAUCAGAGAUUGAUUUUAAAGGGCAUUCUCAGUUGGGUGGUAGGGGUUUGCUUACAAGAGAAGAAGUUGAUGUGGAUGCGUUAGAUGCAAAAUUGAAAUCCAGUGGACGUUAUUGGUCGGUCAAGCAUGCAGUUAUAGAAAAACAUAGGAAUUAUAAGCGUCUUCGAUUUUUUGCUCCAGAAAAGCACGUGCAAGAUAAUGGUGAUGAAUACAUUCCAGUAUUAGAUGACGACAUAGAUGUUAGCUUGUCAUCAAAAGCUUUUGUGGUUGAGUCAUGGGAAGAUGAGGUAUUACGGAAAACAAAAGAAUUCAAUAAACUGACUAGGGAGCGACCCAAUGAUGUUGGAGUAUGGCUGGAUUUUGCCGAUUUUCAAGAUAAGAUUGCUGUUAAGCAACCACAAAAAGGUGCACGUAUGCAAACACUUGAGAAGAAAAUUAGUAUAUUAGAAAAGGCAGUUGAGCUAAACCCUGAAGAUGAAGAUCUGGUGCUUUGUCUUUUAAAAGCUUAUCAAAGCAGGGAUACUUCUGAUGUACUUAUUGGUAGAUGGGAAAGAGUUCUUGUGCAACAUUCAGGAAGUUGCAAGUUGUGGAGAGAAUUUUUGCGGAUUGUGCAGGGGGAUUUCUCCACUUUCAAAGUUUCUGAGGUUCGAAGGUUGUAUGCUCAUGCUAUCCAAGCUCUCUAUGCUGCAUCUAGCAAGAGGCAUAGGCAGGGUCAUGCAACUGUGGAAACACCUUCUCCAGAUACUCUAGAUACUGAUGUUGAAAUGGGCAUAGUUGAUAUGUUUCUCAGUCUUUGUAGGUUUGAGUGGCAGGCAGGUUAUCAGGAGUUGGCCACUGCACUAUUGCAGGCUGAAUUAGAAUAUUGUUUGUUUUGCCCUCCUUUAGAGCUCACAGAGCAGAGGAAAAAACGAUUGUUUGAACAUUUCUGGAAUAGCAACGGUGCAAGAGUUGGAGAAGAUGGUGCACUUGGUUGGUGCACCUGGCUGGAGAAAGAAGAAGAGAACAGACAGAAGCUCAUCCGAGAAAUGUCCGAGAAGGAAGAUGUAGAAGGUGGUUGGACUGGCUGGUUUGUCCCUUCAUCUAAAGGGAUCGAGAAUUCUUCAAAAUUGGAGGAAGAUAUGAUAACUGAUGUGGCUACAGAGAUGGAUGAACAAAAAGAUGACAUAGAUGCAAGGCAAGAAGAAGAUGAUGCUGCUCUUCUGAGAAUGCUUGGGAUUGAUGUUGAUGCUGAAGCCAGCAAGGAGGUCCAUGACACAAAUACAUGGGUUAGGUGGUCAGAAGAGGAGUCAUCAAGAGAUCAUGAUCAAUGGAUGCCUGUUCGUAUGGAUUCUGUUGUUUCUUGUAGCAAUGAGAUUGGAGAAGGGCAGGAACAACUUUCUAGAGCUGUAUUGUUCGAUGAUGUUGCCGAUUAUCUUUUCUCAUUGAGUUCCAUUGAUGCUCGUUUAUGCCUUGUUCUGCAGUUCAUCGAUUUCUUUGGAGGGGAGCUAUCUCAAUGGUUUUGCACAAACUCUUCAUGUUGGAACGAUAAAAUACUGGGUUUACAAACGCUACCAAAUUCAAUUUUACAAUAUUUCGAAAGUGUAAAUGGUCAUACAAUACUGGAAAGUGGGUCAAGCACACGCAGUAUGGAAUUUCUGUUGCAGCGUUCAAAGACUGCUGAGAGGACAGAUAUCAUGAAGUUUCUGCGCAAUGCUGCUCUCUUAUGUUUAAGAGUUUUUCCUCGAAAUUAUAAAAUAGAAGAGGCUAUACUUAUUGCAGAAGAGAAAGCUCUUAAUAGCGAACAAAGUUCUACCAAGCCUGCACAAGCUUUGGCAAAACAGCUCUUGAAAAGUGAUCGUCAGGAUGUGUUAUUAUGUGGAGUUUAUGCUCGGAGGGAGGCUGCAUAUGGAAAUAUUGUUCAUGCGAGGAAGAUAUUUGACAUGGCAUUGUCAUCUAUCUGUGGAAUGCCCUUGUAUCAGCAGGAAACUCAGUCAGUUGCUGCCCCCCUGGUUUACCUUUGGUACUCGGAGAUGGAACUUGCUGAUGGCUUGAGUAACGAAUCAGAGUCUAAACUUUGUGCUUUGCACAUAUUAUCUUGCUUAGGAAGUGGGAUUGCUUAUACUCCUUUUAAGGGGCGACCGUCAAGCACACAGUUGCUCAAGGCACACCAAGGUUUCAAAGAACGCAUACGAACUAUAAGGUCAUCAUGGGCACAUCAUCCUAUAAAUGAGAGUUCUAUCGCUCUCAUUUGUUCAGCUGCUUUAUUCGAACAGCUGACAACUGGAUGGACUUCUGGGGUUGAAGUCAUCUCAGAUGCUCUUUCCAUGGUGCUUCCUGAAAGAAAAAUCCGAAGUUAUCAACUUGAAAUUUUGUUUAAUUAUCUGGUGAAAAUGCUUCAAAGACAUGUUCAACAAGCAACUUUGUCAAAAGUAUUGAGUUCUAUCUUAGCAGGAUUGCAAGUCUAUCCCUUUAAUCCAGAACUUUUUCAUUGCCUGGUGCACAUUGGCCAUCUCUACCUUGUGCCUAAUAAGAUUCGUCUGAUCUUUGAUGACCUCUUCCAAAAGAAACCAUCAACUAUCCUUAUACUGUUUUCUCUAUCAUAUGAGCUAAGUAGAGGAGCUCCUCAGCACAGGAUCCUUGGAUUGUUUGAGAAGGCACUGGCAAAUGAUAGGCUGCGCUCAUCCGUUUUACUGUGGCGUUGCUAUAUCUCAUAUGAGAUACAAAUAUGUAAUUUUUCUGCUGCAAGAAGAGUCUUUUUCCGAGCUAUCCAUGCAUGCCCGUGGUCGAAACUGUUGUGGCUCGAUGGCUUCCAGAAAUUGCAAAACAUUGUCACUGCCAAAGAACUAAUGGAUCUCCAAGAAGUGAUGCGGGAUAAGGAGCUUAAUCUAAGAACCGACAUUUAUGAAAUUCUUUUACAGGAUGAAUUUAGUCACGGUUUGUUGUGAAUUAACAAACUUCAAGCUAGUUUUCUGUAGUUGAUUGGGAAAACUCAAAAGAAAAGGAGGCAACAGUCUGUACAUGUAUCGGUUGUACAGAUCGUAAGGGUAUACAAAUUGUGAAUCGGCCUUGACUUGACGAACUUUUUGAAUUCCAUAUGGAGGUUUGAAUCCACUUCACCCUUCGAAUGUAUGUAUGAGUAUGGACCUUUUGGCUAAAUUGUAUCAACAAUGUAUGCUCUGUAAACUCUAAUAAUGAACAAUGCUGGGUAGUAAGUUGGCUAAUUUGGCAUGUUUAUUUUAACAGGUGAAUUUGGCAAUUCUGUGGAUAAAAACUAUAAUUUGCUCAUAGUAAAAUUAGUUGUCCUAAAGUAGGCAUUUGUAUUUAUUUGAGCAUUUUCUUUGAGCAAAACUUUCCAUUUAAAUGGUAUUGCUUUUAGUUUUUACGAAA